GGGAACGCGGCAUAGCCUAGCGGUGGGAGACGGAGGCGACUUUCGCGAGCGAGGAGACAUGGCAGAGUACACGCGGUUGCGGAACUGUCUGGCGCUGAUCCGCCUCCGAAACCCGCCGGUCAACGCCAUCAGCACGGCUGUACUCCAUGGAAUAAAAGCGGGACUGCAGAAAGCUCUAACAGACCAUACAGUAAAAGCCAUUGUGAUUUGUGGAGCAGAUGGCAAAUUCUCUGCAGGGGCUGAUAUCCACAGCUUUGGUACACCAAGAAUGUCUGACCUUGGCCUGGGACAUGUAGUAGAUGAAAUACAGAGAAAUGAGAAGCCCGUGGUGGCAGCUAUUCAAGGCCUGGCUUUAGGAGGGGGACUGGAGCUGGCCCUGGGCUGUCACUAUAGGAUUGCCCAUGCAGAGGCUCGAAUUGGCUUCCCAGAAGUCACAUUAGGAAUCCUUCCUGGUGCAAGAGGAACCCAGCUUCUCCCCAGACUCAUUGGAGUUCCUGCUGCACUUGACCUAAUUACCUCAGGAAGACAUAUUUCGGCAGAUGAAGCACUCAAGCUGGGUAUUCUAGACAAAAUGGUGAACUCAGACCCAGUUGAGGAAGCAAUCGAAUUAGUCCAGAAAAUUUCUGAUCAGCCUCUGGAAUCCCGUAGACUCUGCAACAAGCCAAUUCAGAGCUUCCCCAACAUGGACGGCAUUUUCAGUGAAGCACUUCUGAAGAUGCGGAAGCAGCAUCCUGGGUGCCUUUCUCAGGAGACCUGUGUCCGUGCAAUCCAGGCUGCCGUCCAGUAUCCCUAUGAAGUGGGCAUCAAGAAGGAGGAGGAGCUGUUCAUGUACCUUCAGAAAUCAGGGCAGGCUAGAGCCCUGCAAUAUGUUUUCUUUGCGGAGAGGAAUGCCAGUAAGUGGUCAACCCCCUCGGGAGCAUCCUGGAAAACAGCAACGGCACAGCCCAUCUCCUCAGUUGGCGUUGUCGGCUUGGGAACAAUGGGCCGAGGCAUUGUCACUGCUCUUGCGAAGGCCAAGAUCCCUGUGAUUGCUGUGGAAUUGGACAAGAAGCAGCUAGAGACUGCUGAUCAGAUAAUAACCUCCCUCUUGGAAAAGGAAGCAUCCAAAAUGCAGCGUAGCAGCCACCAUUGGUUAGGACCAAAACCCAGGUUAACCACAUCCCUGAAGGAGCUAGGUGGUGUAGAUUUAGUCAUCGAAGCAGUAUUUGAGGAAAUUAACUUGAAGAAGCAGGUCUUUGCUGAACUGUCAGCUGUGUGCAAGCCAGAAGCUUUUCUGUGCACCAAUACUUCAGCCUUGAACAUUGACGAGAUUGCUUCUUCCACUGAUCGCCCUCACUUGGUCAUUGGCACUCACUUCUUCUCACCAGCUCACAUCAUGAAGUUGUUAGAGAUUAUUCCCAGCCAGUACUCUUCCCCUACUACCAUUGCCACAGUUAUGAAUUUAUCAAAAAAGAUGAAAAAAAUUGGAGUAGUUGUAGGUAACUGUUUUGGAUUUGUUGGCAAUCGAAUGUUGAAGCCUUAUUACAAUCAGACAUAUUUCUUGUUGGAAGAGGGCAGUAAGCCAGAGGAGAUAGAUCAGGUGCUGGAAGAGUUUGGUUUCAAAAUGGGACCUUUUAGAGUGUCAGAUCUUGCUGGAUUGGAUGUGGGUUGGAAAUCUCGACAAGGGCAAGGUCUUACUGGACCUAUGUUGCCUUCAGGAACGCCUGCCCGAAAGCGAGGCAGCGAGAGGUAUUGCCCAAUUCCUGAUAUGCUCUGUGAAUCAGGACGGUUUGGCCAGAAGACAGGAAAGGGUUGGUAUCUAUAUGAUAAGCCACUGGGUAGGAUUCACAAACCUGACCCCUGGCUCUCUGAAUUCCUGUCACAGUACAGACAAAGCUAUCACAUCGAGCCACGUGUCAUUAGCCAGGAUGAGAUCCUCGAGCGCUGUUUGUACUCACUCAUCAAUGAAGCAUUCCGUAUCUUGGGAGAAGGGAUGGCUGCCACUCCAGAGCACAUCGAUGUUGUCUAUUUACAUGGGUACGGAUGGCCAAGGCACAAGGGUGGGCCCAUGUUCUACGCCUCCACAGUGGGGUUGCCCACAGUGCUAGAAAAGUUGCAGAAAUAUUACAGGCAGAAUCCUGAUAUUCCACAACUAGAGCCUUGUGACUAUCUGAAAAAAUUGGCUUACCUGGGCAACCCUCCUCUGAAAGAAUGGCAGAGCUUAGCAGGACCCCCUAGUAGUAGACUGUGAUUCAGCCUUCCAGGUUAUGACUCACGUGCUUGCAUCAGGAAAUGCUCAUGGAAUUUCACUGAUAUUAAAUCAAAAGAUCCAAAGUAAGAUUGCUCUGAAAUACAAAGCAGCUGAACCUUC